AAAGUGGACUACCUGACGUACCUCCAGACCUACGAUAAGUUGUAUGAGAUCCUUCGCGAACGCAAAACUGCGUCAGGUGCCUAUCGUCACUACUUGGAGCGCCUCAUUUCUUAUCUGGAGGGCUAUUUGUCCCGUGCAAAACCGAUGCUGGAUCUUGCUGAGGUCUCUGCUUCUGCUCUCGCUCGUUUCGAGCGCGAAUGGGCGGAGGACGUCUUCCCGGGUUGGGGUAGCAGUGGAAGUGGCAGUGGUGGAUCUGCUGCACCCGCUCUCUCUCGUGCUGGAGCACAUCUCGACCUUACGCCCUUCCGACAGGCCGAGGAACUGGCUUCUCUUGGCCUAGAUCGUCUCAAAUCAGCCCUCCUUGCUCUUGGCCUUAAAUGUGGUGGCACAUUAGAGGAGCGUGCUCAGCGUCUCUGGGCCACGAAAGGUCGCGCUCUUGAGGACCUUCCUCCCGAAUUUUUCCCUUCCGCCAAAGCAGCUACUCGAUCCAGGAAUCACCGUGGAGGUGUUAAUUCUGUUGCGCCGGAGUAA